AUUUAACGUUGUUUUCCAAUAAUAAAUAAACAUAAUGAAGAGACGAAAAAAAGAGAACAAUGUUCACGUUCGUUUUAACAUCAGCCAUAUCACAAGCAUGAACCGCGGCUCCAGAGAAGAGCUCCUGGGUAGCUCCCAGGAAGCCCUGAGGAACAGUCAGCAUGACCUUCGCUUUACUUGCGAGCGCCCUCUGACAAGAGUCGAGAAGACAUACUUGCUGCAUGCUGACAGAGGGGACUACGUCACAGUAAAAAGGUUGAUUGAGCAGAACCUUGGAAAACCAGAGGUACUGGACAUCAACUGUGUGGAUCCACUCAAUAGGUCGGCCCUCAUCGCUGCAAUUGAGAACGAGAAUAUUGAACUCAUCAAACUACUUCUUGGAUCGGGAAUCAAAGUUAAGGAUGCUCUGCUCCACGCUAUCAAAGAAGAAUAUGUGGAAGCUGUAGAAUUGCUGCUGCAAUGGGAAGAGGAACAUUACGAGCCUGGAGAACCUUAUAGUUGGGAAUCAGUGGAUUCCGACGGUGCCACCUUCACUCCGGAUAUCACGCCCCUGAUACUGGCAGCGCACAGGAACCACUACGAGAUCCUUAAGAUCUUAUUAGACAGAGGAGCGACGCUGCCGGUACCACACGACGUCAAAUGCGGUUGCGACGAAUGCGUGAAGUCCUCACAAGAGGAUUCUCUGCGGCAUUCUCAGGCUCGGAUUAACGCAUAUCGCGCGCUUUCUUCGCCUUCACUCAUAGCGUUAUCGUCAGCUGACCCACUGCUGACGGCUUUCCAGCUGUCUUGGGAGUUGGGACGUCUGAGUCGAAUGGAAACUGAGUUUAGAGUUGAAUAUAAGGCUUUACGUCAACAAUGCCAAGAAUUCGCCACCUCACUAUUAGAUCACACCAGAACCUCAAAGGAGUUAGAGAUAAUGCUCAACUACAACCCAUGGGAUUUGGACUGCUGGGAGCCCGGGGAAAGGCAAACACUUGGACGUCUCAAAUUGGCUAUCAAAUACAAGCAAAAAAUGUUUGUAGCACAUCCUAAUGUGCAGCAGUUAUUGGGAGCUAUCUGGUAUGAAGGGCUGCCGGGCUUUAAAAGGAAAAACAUUUUCGGUCAAUGCGUUCAGGUAGCAAAAUUGGGGGUGAUGUUUCCUGUUUACUGCACAAUAUACAUGUUGGCCCCAAACUCCGAGUACGGCAGAUUCAUGAAAAAGCCAUUCGUCAAGUUUAUUUGUCACAGUUCUUCUUACAUGCUGUUCUUGACGUUGCUCUCACUAGCAUCCCAAAGAGCGGAAUAUGUAGUACUAGAGUGGUCCAAUGUGAGCUGGCUGCAGGAAUUAGUGGGAUACUGGAAGGACCACGAAAGAGGAUCUCUGCCUGGAGUCAUUGAGUUCGCCGUCAUUAUCUACAUAGCAAGUUUGAUUUGGGCGGAAAUCAGGGCUCUGUGGACCGGAGGUCUAACGGAAUACAUCAGCGAUCUGUGGAAUAUCGUAGAUUUCAUUACAAACAUGUUCUAUAUCGCGUGGAUUUCGUUGAGAAUAUCAUCUUGGUAUAUUGUUCAACGAGAUCACCACAGUGGUUUGGAUCCUUGGUACCCGCGAGAACGUUGGGACUCCUACGAUCCGAUGCUGUUAUCUGAAGGAGCGUUUGCAGCCGGCAUGAUAUUCUCGUUUCUGAAGCUUGUUCACAUCUUCUCAAUAAAUCCUUAUCUGGGACCACUCCAAGUAUCUCUGGGACGAAUGAUACUGGAUAUAUUAAAGUUCUUCUUUGUGUACAUGCUUGUGUUAUUCGCAUUUGGAUGUGGGCUCAAUCAGCUAAUGUGGUAUUAUGCUGAACUAGAAAAAGACAAAUGUUACCACCUUCCAAAUGGGUUGCCAGAUUUCGAUGGGCAAGAAAGAGCCUGUUCAAUUUGGAGAAGAUAUGCUAAUUUGUUCGAGACCUCUCAGUCGCUGUUCUGGGCUUCUUUUGGGCUCGUCGAUUUGACGACGUUCGAGUUGACCGGUAUCAAAAGUUUUACAAGAUUUUGGGCUCUUCUGACUUUUGGAUCGUAUUCCGUUAUUAACAUAAUAGUCCUACUCAACAUGCUAAUUGCCAUGAUGUCGAACUCAUAUCAAAUAAUUUCCGAACGAGCGGAUACUGAAUGGAAAUUCGCCCGCAGUAAUCUUUGGAUGUCUUACUUCGAAGACGGCGACACCGUCCCGCCGCCCUUCAACAUCAUACCGACGCCAAAGCAUUUCUUUUGCUGGAUCAAAAGCUAUUUUAACAAACGAGAAAGGCGUUCAAUACUCAACAAAUCUCGUGAAAAAGCUAGACAGGAACACGAAGCGGUAAUGAGGAUACUAGUCAGAAGAUACGUGACAGCAGAACAAAGGGCUAGAGAUGAAGUAGGAGUCACGGAGGAUGACGUUAUGGAGAUCCGUCAAGAUAUAUCCACACUCAGAUACGAGCUCAUUGAUAUACUGCAUAACAAUGGAAUGAAGACACCAAGAGUCAGCUUACAGGAUACCGCCGUAUCCGGUAAAAAGGGAAAAGUAAUGGAAAGAAGAAUACUGAAAGACUUCCAAAUUGGAAUCGUAGAAGGAAUAAUCAAAGAUGUAAUAUCCAAAGAGAAUAAACCUAAGGAUGUAUUUAGUCAGAUAGCGAAAGCUAUUGUCAGAAGGUCAAGCACAGAUAGCAAAAAACGUGAUUGGAACGCUCUGGUUCGAACUAAUACAGUACGCAGGGAUCCUAUCGGUACCGCCGCUGAAGCUGAAAUACGAAGAAGUAGACAAUCCCUAAGAGCUCAUAUCUUAGAAAAUGUUCAAAGUCGUACCAUUGACCCGCAGAAGCUCCUACAAUACAAUCCCAAACUAUCAGAGCUGACACCUACUACGAGAGUGGCUUAUGCCAAGUUUAUGAGGAGCAAGCUUAGGUCAGAUUUUAGUGAAAAAGAGCGAAACAAGCGAAAAUCUGAUGAAUCAAGUCUCGACGGCGAAGAUUUCAAUGACGAAGUCCUCGAAGCUCCACAAAGACAUGACCAAAAGCGACCAGUUCGAUCGUUUCGUAGCCGAACACCCAUACCAGAAAUGUCAGACGAUGAAGGACUUAGAGAAAACGAAAUUACAAUCGAAGUCGACGUUGAAGACCAAGUUUCAGAUACAGAUUCAAUCCAGAAAAAACCCUUGAAAAUAUAUUCUGGAGAUCAUACAGGACCGAACACGCCCUCGAUGGAUGGAAGCUAUCAUCAUUUCCCAUCACCAGAAUCCCAAGAUCAUGUCAUACAAAUCGAACCCGAUACACCCACCAAAAACCUCUUACUUAUGAAGGAAGAAGAACGUAACUUACAAGACCCAACAGCUAAAUCUCCUAGUUUAAAACAAAAUGAACAAAUAUUAUCAGCUUCUGCUUUAGAAUCUCAAUAUACACAAGCAAGCUCUUCACGAACGUCAAUCACUAAAGGGGGAACUGAAAAACUCCCAUAUAAAUCAUGUUUGAAAUACACUAAUGACACUCCAAAAAACGUAGAGUCUGUAAUACCUAGCACAUCAAGGUUGUCAAGAAAAGAUUCUAAAUUGGUUUCAGCCUCUUUACAGUCACAAAUGGCUCCAUCUAGAUUUUCUCAGAGCAACGAAAGUAAAUCUUCCGAUAAAUCAUUAGCUAGUUCUAAAACUUCAAGCCCCAAAACGUUGAGUCCGAGAUCACCCAGAGUUGUGCCUUCGUCUCCAACACCUUCUAUAAUGUCAGCGGGUAAAGGAAAAUCCAAAGCUACUGGGCGAAUAGUUUCUGGGUGGCUUUGA